AUGGACGUCUCGCGCGACUUCAAGAUCACCAACGUCUCGUACAGCGAUCAGCCAAAGUCCAACACAAAAACGCUGGUCAAGAUCCACUACACCCACGUCCCCGGCUUCGAGGAUGACUACGAUGAGGACGAAGAAGCGGAACCUACAAACCCAGAGGAUGAGGAUGAGAUCGAAGAAAAGGUCUACACUCUUUGCAGCCUCAAUGGAAGCAGCAAGGACCACGCUGUUGUCGACCUUCAGUUCUGCCAGGAGGAACUCAUCGGCUUCUCGAUUACCGGCGACGCUGCUGUCGAUCUCGUGGGCAACUACGUCGCACCUCCCGACUUCUUCGAUCAGGAGCCCUCCGAUAGUGAACUCUAUUCUGAUGAUGAGGAUGACGACGAAGAUAUGUAUGGUCUCGACUCGGACGACUAUGAUGAGGAUGACGAGGAUGACGACGACGAUGAUAUGGAAGAAGGAACUGAUCGAUUCGAAGAGCUGGUGGAAUCCGCCGGCUCGAAUCCCAAGAAGGCUAUUGCAGCCGCGCCUGUCGCCGAGUCCAAGAAGCGCGUUGCCGAAACACCGGCCAAGGAGACUGCUGCCAAGAAGCUCAAGGCUGACGCUGUUGCCGCCGCUUCGGCCGCAUCUACACCUACCAAAGUCACCGAGACCAAGGUCGAGAAGCAAUCCAAGAGCUCCAAGGAUGCCAAGCCCAAAACAGAGAUCGUAGAAAAGAAGGUGGUGGAAAAGCCCACGUCCAAGAUGACCACCACCAAGCUUCCAUCCGGUCUUGUCGUCGAGGAAAAGAGCGCAGGCUCAGGCCCACCUUGCAAGUCGGGCCAGAAGGUAGGCAUGCGCUACGUCGGCAAGCUUCAAAACGGGAAAGUCUUUGACCAGUGCACCAGCGGCAAGCCUUUCUACUUCAAACUUGGCAAAGGAGAAGUCAUCAAGGGUUGGGACGAGGGUGUCAAGGGCAUGCGUGUCGGUGCAGAGCGCCGUCUCACUUGCCCUCCCAAGCUUGCUUACGGCAACCAGAAGAUUCCUGGUAUUCCUGCCAACUCUACGCUCGUCUUUGAUGUCAAGCUUGUCGAGAUCAAAUGA